AUGGCGAGUAUGGACUUGGGCUUCUUGCCCACCAUCAAAUGCUCCAGCUGUGGCCAUAAUGUGGAGAUCUCGGCCAUGGGCGACCAUGUGUGCUCUCCCGCCGGGGACAUUCAUCGUCAGAAUCAUUCUUCCGUUGCACCUCCGUCUCCUCCCCCCCUCGCGGGGCUAGAUAUUCCAGAUCGACUGAAACCGGGUCGAGUGCCCCCUCGCAUCGAUCCCGCAAUCGCAAAUAGCGCAUUUCUCCACCUGAAUAUACCCACGCCGGUGGGGAGCGUGGAGUUGCAUAUGCCAUCGCCGCUUUCCGCAAGGUCGUUGCCUAGAUCCCCCAUGAGAGCGUCGCCGGAAGACGAUUCAGUGCUCAAUUUGGAUUCCGUCUUCGCCUUCCCGAUGCCUGGAAAUCGGCCACCGGCCCACGUGGGAACCCCUCGCAUGAUGUCGGAUUCUACGACACGCCCGGCGCCCACACCGUCUCCGCGACUCGAGGUGGACCUGAGGCCGGAGGAGAUCCAAUUGCCUCUGAGUCCGCUUCCGCCGUCACGAGAAUCCGAGAUAUUUCACCAGCGAGGCGAUUCGUCCGCGAGUCAUAGUAGCUACCGCACCUCCUUGGCAAGCACCCGCUACGGAAGUUCGACGGCUCGGUCGUCGACAAACAGCUUCUCGCGCGGUCUCCGUACAUUCAUAGAUGACACUCCACCGAUGCCACCGCCUCUUAAAACGCUAAAACGGGCGUCCUUGGUCCGAGACUCGAAUCUGUCCGUCGACUCUCCCUCCAAGAGUGACCCAGGCGAAACCUACAGUGGGUUUGAUUUCGGCAUCCAUGAUCACCGUACUUCGGGCCUGCAUGAUUUGCCCGAGGAAGGUUCCCUAGAGGAGAAUGUAUCUAACUCUAACUUUGGCGAGGCCUUCGCGUCACCAGCACAGACACACCUUCACCCCGCCGAUGCCAAUCUCGGAAAUGAUGGCUCGAGAAGGAACUCCGACGCUACGAGUGGAAGCAAUGGAUCCGUCACCAGCUUUGCACGGGCCCUAGGCUUGGAGGGAGAUUCUCAGCAGCCGGAGAGCUCCACUUCUUCAGAUUCAUCUCCACUAUCGGAUACUCGCAGUGGCAGCGGGAGUUCCAUGUCUAGUCUGCCAUCUGAUGUGAGCUUGAACCGACGUAAACCCUCUGACCCACUCAAUCUCAGUCCUCUUGUGGUGGAACUGCCCCCACGAACUCGUCAGACUAUUCUGGAAGUGCCUGGUCGGAUACCGGGUACGAUGGAUGGGGUACCUACAAUCCCAGCAACGUUCUUCAGCCCAGACUCACCCACCGAUCCCGCGAUCGGCCAGGGCACCCUCUCACUGCUCGUUGAAAAGCGACAAGAGCACCGAAAGCGCGAAGAGCCUCCUGUGAAGCACGUGGAAGGCCCGAUAGAACAGCAACCCAGGAAACUUUCUUCGCCUCGAGCUCUACAACGGUCAGCCACCGAACCCAUUCCUCCGCUAAGUGGAUCGACGACACGAUCAAAAGGAAAAUGCAAGGGAUGCAAUGAAGAAAUCGUGGGAAAAUCGGUAUCAUCAUCUGACGGUCGUCUCACCGGGAAAUACCACCGUGGCUGCUUCGUCUGCUUCGAAUGUCAUUCUCCUUUCCAAACAGCCGAUUUCUACGUCCUUAACAAUCACCCGUACUGUGCACAGCACUAUCACGAGCGUAAUGGAUCAUUAUGUUCCACCUGUCAAAAUGGAAUCGAGGGUCAAUACCUAGAAACUGUUGAACGGAACCCCAACCGACUGGAUCGUCGCCGAUUCCAUCCCGAAUGCCUGCAAUGUCGGACCUGUCGCGUUUUGCUCAAUGGUGACUAUUUUGAAUGGAAUGGUGAAGUCUAUUGCGAACGUGAUGCUCGUCGGGCUGCAGCGACCCUUCAUCCGCCUCCCCCUGGCCGCCGGCGUCCAACUCACGGAUCUUCUCCUCUGGGAUCAUCUCCCUUGUCCCACGGAUAUCCUCCCCCGUCUGGAUAUCCCCUUCCACGCUCCCCGGGGCCAGGACCGGGUCCCGCUCAGGGACUUCGCCCUGGGCCACGGUUUUCCUCCGGCGGUGGUCGACGUUUCCCGGAGAGACGCACUACCAAGCUCAUGAUGACAUGA